CAUCCUGCAUCAGAAAAUUAUAGUAUUAACAGAAUCUCUGUCAUUUGUACAGUAAUUUCUGAAGUUCCAACAGGACAAAGCUGACGCGUUUGGGAGAUGUCUCUCUCUCAGCCCUCGGUGCGAAAAAUAAAAACAGGACGGAAUGUGUUUUUGGUCGUAAUUUAUCAUCUCAGUGUUCAAUCCCCGAGUUGCAAAGUUCCUCUUUAAUACGCGGGUGUUUUUAAAUGUGUUUUGGCGAGCGGCAGCGGCGGGGCGCUUACGUGUCCAAUAAACUCUCUCGUAAAAUAAGGCUUACAAAUACAUAUUGUACCGUUUUGGAUAAGCGAGGAACAGAUUGGAGGGGGCUUCAAGUAGCAGUGUAAUUGUUUACUCUUUUCCUUUUUUCACCCUUUUGUCUUUCAUUCAUUCACAUUUUUAUUUCUCUCUCUGCAUAUGUCCAAAUCCUGAUCAUUUAUUAAAAAAACAGUGCUUGUUAUAGCUAAGCAGGCUGAGUAUUUAAUGACUGCAGGGAUUGAUUUAUCUUUUAUUGUUCAGCUUUAUGAUCACGUGUCUCAGCCGUCCAAUGGCAUGGCGGCGUGGCUCCCCAGUAUUUUCCUCGCUCUAGUCCUCCGCGCAUGGGGCCAAGUUGCUACUUGAUUUCUCCACAUUGUUAUUUUGCGAGGCUGCGCUUUGCUGUGCGUGCGUAUGUGUGUGUGUGCGUGUGUGUGCAUCUUUUUUUGGGGGGGGAAUGUGUGCUUUUUGUUUCCCUCUGCGUGUAUCCGUUGUAUGACUGCGUACAUGUGAAAUCGGUCUAAUUUCCCCUGCCAUGUCGACGUCCGGAGCGCUCACGAGCUACUACGUCGAUUCCCUCAUCCUGCCCGAGAGCGAGGAGCUCUCCGCCCCGAGGUACCCCCCCGGUGCCGGACUCCAGCACGCCAGACAGCCCGCCCCCGUGGUUGACCACGGCGAGCUCGGGACGUGUACCUUCCCGUCCAAACCUCCCGUGUUCGGCCCGUCGUGGAACCAUGUCCCGGCUCAGUUCCCAGGCGCCGUCUCCUCUGUUUAUCACCACUACGGGCAUCCGCAAGGCCCGAUGGGCGCGGAGACAGACGGCCGCUACCAGUCUUGGCUCCUCGAGCCCGUGUCAAUGACAGGAUUACCGCCCAGCCACCACCACUACGCGAUCAAGCCGGAGGGUCUGGGGACGCCGACCGGGUCGCACACGGCGCUGCUGCUCUCCGAUUACGCCAACGGCACGGUGGCGACACCGUCACCCGGGGAGAAGGACGAGUUAUCCGCGCAGGGAGGGGAGCUGAGCGCGGAGGGCGACGACAAACCGGGCCUGGACCCAAAUAACCCUGUGUCCAACUGGCUCCACGCGAGCGCCACGAGAAAAAAGCGCUGCCCUUACACCAAGCACCAGAUCCUGGAGCUGGAGAAGGAGUUCCUCUUUAACACCUACCUGACCCGGGACCGCAGGUACGAGGUGGCUCGGCUGCUGAACCUCACCGAGAGACAGGUCAAAAUCUGGUUCCAGAACCGCAGGAUGAAGAUGAAGAAGUUUAACAAGGACGGCGCGCCGAAAGACGAAUGAAUGGCGUGCGGAUUUCACGGAUUUCCUAAGCUGCGAGCGGAGUCAGCUGGACAUUUGUUUUUAAAAAAAAGCUCCCUUGUCUUAUUGUACUGAAUAACAUCUUAUACGAUUAUUUGUCUUGUAAAAGGAAGAAAAAAAAAAGCAUGUUGGAGAUUAGUUUGAUGCUACUACCUUUAAAUUGCACAAUUCUGACAGUGCCCAUUGUUUUGUUUGUGUUUCGUUUCGUUGUUUUUUUUUUUUUUAAUUGUCUCUGUUUAUUUGAAUUAAUACCUCGUUAAAGUGUUAAAUUAGCUGGCCUGCUCCUUUUAAUUGUGCUCGUUUGUGUAUGGAUGUUUCUAGCUAAGUGUGUGCGCGUGUGUGUGUGUGUGUUUUGUUUAGUUAUAUUUGUUGGUUAAACGUAUAGUGUAUGAAAGAAAAGGUGUUAAUUUUAUUGUUGUUUCUUCAUAAGUGAUAGAACUAUGACAGAUGACCGUGAAUUUGAUACUAAUUUUAGAACCGUAGGGGGAGGGACAGCUCGCAUUGGUGCGUAAACCGCUCAGAUCUCUUGAAAAGUCCUAAAAGCUCUUAUCACAGGUAUAGUUACUAUCAUAGACUACCUAUGUCUCUCAACUACCUACAAUGUGCUUGUUUUUUUUUUUUUUAGACGUCGGAUCAUAGUAGGUUUGCUGGCAUCUCUGUAUCAACACGUCUGACUGAAUUUCAGGGGGGGUGGGUGACAUUUCCAAUUAAGGGACACCAUGUUUGUUAGUGAGAGAAAAGGAAACACUGUAGGCUACUCAUUAAAUACCUCGCAUGGUCUGCUGACCCUCUGGUUCAUAAAUGUAAUUUGUAUUAUUUAUUAAAUAAAACAAAUUAUAUCUCGAAAGCAA